ACAUUAUUAUUUUUUUUCAGGUAAUUCGGAGCUCUCAAAAUGUUUGCCAAAGCAACAAAGAAUUUUCUUAGAGAAGUUGAUUCUGGAGGUGAUCUGAUUGCAGUAUCGAACUUGAAUGACUCUGAUAAGUUACAACUUCUAAGCCUAGUGACCAAAAAAAAGAGAUUCUGGUGCUGGCAGAGACCAAAGUAUAACUUUUUAUCUGUCACCCUUGGAGAUGUGCUCAUAGAAGACCAAUUUCUGAGUCCAGUGGUCGUGGAGUCGGACUUUGUGAAAUACGAGGGAAAGUUUAAAAACCACGUGAGUGGAACCAUCGAGACGACACUGGGGAAGGUCAAGUUGAAUAUUGGAGGCAAAGGCCUUAUGGAGAGUCAGUCUUCAUUUGGAACCCUGAGGAAACAGGAAGUGGACUUGCAGCAGCUCCUCAGGGAUGCCGUGGAGAGAACGAUAAAUCUGAAAAACCCUGUGCUGCAGCAGGUGCUGGAGAGGAAGAAUGAGGUCCUGUGUGUCCUGAUACAGAAGAUAGCGACAACGCAGAAGUGCGUGAUCUCUGAGCGCAUCCAGGUUGAGGAGAAGUGCGGUGGCAUCGUGGGGAUCCAAACCAAGACGGUGCAGGUGCAGGCCUCCCGGGGCGGAGGUGCAGGCCUCUCGGGGCCAGAGGUGUCUGCUGCGGAGGAUAGGGCUGUCACCAAGGACACCAACGUGGUGUUGGAGAUCCCAGCUUCCACCACCAUUGCCUACAGUGUCAUCGAGUUGUAUGUGAAAGUGAAUGGCCAGUUCGAAUUCUGCCUCCUACAAGGAAAGCAUGGUGGCUUUGAGCAAGAGAGAAGAAGCAACUCUGUCUCCCCGAGCUCCCUGCCCUUUCAAGAGUUUGCGUUUAGCGACAUGCCAGAUGCCUGGCAGGGGCCGCCUGCCUCGGAUAAGCCACUGAGUGUUUUAAAAGAAGUGACUCUGCCCUUGGAGAAGAGUUUCCGUCCCUUCGCAGAGCUGCCCGAGCAGCAGCAGACGGCCUUGAGCGGCAUCCUGCAGGCGGUCCUGUUUGAUGACGAGUUACUCCUGGCCUUGGAGCAAGUGUGUGACGAUGUGUUCAGCGAUCUGUCACCCCCACGGGUGAUACCUGGAGAGCUGAAGCCCUCACAGCAGCAGGACCUCAUGGCCUUCCUGCACCUGGUGGGGUACAGCAUGCAGAGUGGGUGUCCGGGCCCGGAGGAUGCUGUCAGCAACCAGAAGCUCUUCUCUACGGCCUACUUCUUGGUCAGUGCACUAGCAGAAAUGCCAGAUAAUGCAGCAGCUCUUCUGGGCACGUGCUGUAAACUCCAGAUUAUUCCUACGCUGUGUCACCUGCUCCACGUGCUGUCUGCUGAUGGAGAAUCUGAUCUUGAAGACGCAGCCCUGGCUCCUCUGAGAGAUACAGAGAGGUUUGAGAUUGUGCAGCGCCUGCUUGCUGCAGCUGACAUUAACCUGGAGCGACAGCAGUCGUCCGUGAAAGCUGUCACCUGCCAAGUUCCUAACGUUUCCCCGCUCGUUCUUUAUAUAAGCCUGAAUGGACUCUGGGCUUUAGGCAGAAUGCAUCAGUAACGUCACACGUGAAUCAUGAGGACAUGUUCUCGGCCAAGGCUGGGUAACUUUCAGGAUCGUUGAGAUACUACUUUGGGGCCUAGGUCAGAUCUAUGUUGAAAGAUGCUCAAGGAAAUGAAUUUACAAGAGUCUAUGGAGUGGUAACUUUUUACGCUAGGAAUCGCCUUGAGUUUAGCCACCAGGUACUCUGUUUCUGUUUCAUACGAGGCCCUCCUGUGCUGGUCACCCCAUGUGCAAGUUCAACUCCAGCACCCGAAGGCCUGGGGAAGGGAUGAGAAUUCUAAGCCAGAGUACAUUCAGACCUUUUUUUUCUGGAGCGGCACUGAAAAAAAUGGGUCCAUCUAUCACUUACAUUUCCCUCUUUCUUCCUGUUGUACCAAAACAAAUGGGUCUGCCACUUUGAUCCAAAAAUUCACUUUAAAUUGUGAACGUUGUGGAAGGGCAAUUUCUCUUCAUAGAAGGCUACGUUUUGGACGUGCUAUAUGCCUUGCAGUGACUGAAAAAUGAACUGUAAGUGCCACUAGAGCACAUAUAUUCUUCUGCUAAACAAAAUUAUACUAGAAAAAUCUAAUAGCAGGGCACCUUUCCUUAAGGGUCUAGCUAUAUGCAUUUUAUUUGGCUUUGAUGAACAUAAUAAUUCUCUGUCAAGAACAAUGUGCUAGUAUCCCAUACAAUCUUGAUGUUUAAUUUGUAAAAUACUACAUCCCGUAUCCAAGGAAACUCUGAACUGUGUGUAUGUCGCUUUUUAUUGUUUCCAUAUCCUUCUAUAAAUAGCCUGGACUGUCCCCUUGCUACUGGGGACCUGAAGCCAGCACCCUGCUUUCUGCCUUAGCAGAAAGUAGCUAUCCCUCCUGCUAGAACCUGUCUGUCUUCAGGAGCAUGGGGGUGAGGAGCCGCAGUUGUUGGGGAGAAACAUUUCACUCGGUAUUUUUUUUUUACCUCAAUAUCAUCUACUUAUUCCUUUCCUGCCCUUAAGAUUCGAAUUAACAUUAAUGGGGAAGAAAUGGAGCAAAUAACCAUUUCAUCACCUCUAGUAAAAAUGAGACUAAACCUUAUGCAAAUACUUAUGAGACGUGAGGGGAAAAAAGGAGUAUAACGUGGUGGCAACAACAUAAAAAAUAAGCACCUUAUAUGCAAAUUGGAAAGGAAUAUGCAAAAGCGGAAGCACUCGUGCUAAAAUGGGGGCACUGUCCAUGCGUUUUUGUCUGGUGUUCUGAAAUAAGUUUAGAGAACAAACCAAAGACCGAACAUGUAAUAUGAAUCUACUUGUGUAAAAAAUAGAUACACAUGUAUCACAACACAUGGGAAGAAUUUACUAGAAACCCAACAGCGGCUCCUUUGGGGAGAGGAUUUAGAGGCUGGGGCAAAAGAUGGGGAAGGUGGGUGGGGUUCACCCUCUAUUCCUGUUAGAAUUUCAUAUGUAUUAUCCUCUAAAUUAAAACAAAAACAAAAACAAAAAACUGAACCAAAACACCAAAAAAUAGAGACAAACUUCAGACAGAAAGACAAGAUGCCAUCCCAGCAAGUGCCCAAAGUUUGGGUUACAUCAAACAGGCAACUAAGGCAUUUUGACUGUUUCCACAAAUGCCCUAACACUGGCCAGUUACCCUGUUAGACUGUGCUUUAAAAAUUAGCUACUGGAAAGGAUGUAGCCUUAUGCUGCUACAGGUGUUCCCAGCCCCCCAGUGAUUGCUGGGCUUCUGAGCAGACCUCCACUGGGGUGUGGUGGUUGACGUAGUGCUGGGCAUGCUUGAACGAGGGUGACACUGAGCCUCCAAAAGUUUCUUCUAACUGCUAUCUUCAUCAUUAAAUAUUAUUAUUAAUUUUAA